AUGACGAGAGGAUAUUCAUUAGAACAAGAUUUAAGAUUGCUAAUAAAUAAUCCUAAACUACUUUAUAAUGGGAUGAAGGAAAGUUAUGAAAAUCAAAUUUCUUUUCCAAAAAUUAAUUCCGCUGGAAUGGAAAUCGUAUUAGAAUAUACUUAUACUGGAUCAAUUAAUGAAGAAUCUUUAACGAGAGAUAAUAUAAUUGAAGCUUUGUACGCUGCAGAUUUUUUUCAAUUACCGGAACUUCAGGAUUUUAUUAUGAAAACAAUUAAGAAUUCUAAUUUAGCAAAAAAUUAUUCACCAGAAUUAUUAUCAAAAGCUGUGGAAACAAGGUCAUUAUCAGAAAAUGAUACUUUUAUACACUUACUAGUUGAAAUUGUAGCAACUAUUCCAUUGAAUACCAUUGAAUUUAACCGAUUAUCUAUUGCGGCAUUUCAAUAUCUUUUAUUUUGUACACAUGAAAAAGAAAUACAAUUUGCAACCCCGGAAUAUGAAGUUUUUCGAUAUUGUGCUAUUCUUGCAGCAAAACAAGUUUCCAAUAAUGCAUACGAAACUCUUAUGAAAUGGUUGCCAACUUUAGAACAGAUAGAAAAUUCAGCCCAUAAAAUAGACAACAUGAUAUUCAUUACCGAUCAUCAAAAAGUUGCUAAAGAAUUGAAAUCCUUAAUUAAAUUUAUUGAUUUUAGACUAAUUAAGACUCACAUAUUAGCUAAUUUUAUUGAACCAUUAGGAAUUGUUCCAACCGAAUUGAUUUUAAGUGUUUAUAGACAUAAAGCUCUAUUGAAUAAUUCAGACUUAAAUGACGCUCGGGGAAUACCAUUUUAUAGAUGGGAUGAAUUAGCACACGGAUCAAAACUUAUUAUUGAAGAUAAUGAGAAAGUUGUACGUGUAUUGGAUCAAUUCAAUAGUCAAAGUGUUAGAGCUAGAAUGAUAUUAGAAAAUAAAAAUAUCUUUGAAUGGGAUGUCAUUGUUGAGAAAAGUUGUAAUUAUAUAUGGGUUGGAGUAUGUUCAUCAGAAAAUUUUAGUUAUGAAUCCUGGGCAGGAAAACAACCUACUGGUUGGGUAUUAGGUUCCAGUGGUAAUUGUUAUAAUUCUGAUAAGAGAUCAUCAGGAUAUUGUCCAUCAUUUGGAGAUGGUACAGAAAUUACUGUUCAUUUAAAUAUGAAUAAAAGAACUUGUGCUUUUACAGUCAAUGGUACAAAAUAUCCGGAGGUAUCAGAAUGGAAUAAUUUACCAUCAAAACUUUAUCCGGUAGUAUCAUUAAAAUUUCCAGGUCGUUUACGAAUUCAAUCCCAUCAAAAAAUUUGA